GAAGACUGUUAAUAACAAAGUGGGCGGUGCCGGUCGAUUCUCGGUUCGGUGGCAACAUUUCGUGUUACACCGUCCCGCUGCAGACACUCCUAAAAUGGCGAAUGCUGGCGACAAGAGGUUGGUGAAGUCCAAGAGCGGACUGAGGAUCGUUACGAUGAGGGACGACUACGGCAGCCCCUUUCUCAUCCCAGAACCCAACUGGGUCCCGGACAACGAAUAUGUACACUGUAUGCAGUGCCAGGUGAGGUUUGCACUAAUGAAUCGACGGCAUCAUUGUCGCCGGUGUGGUCGGUUGUUCUGUAGUCGUUGCUGUGAAAACAAAGUGGCGUUGCCUCGUAUGUGCUUCAUUGACCCCGUGCGCAUGUGCGGCAGCUGCACAAAGACUACCAAACAGGAGAAUGACUUCUUUGACAAACACCUCAAAGUACUGCUGAACGGCUGUGAGUUCUACGUGGUGGAUGACAUAAAUUCUGAACCUUCGGACAAUUCAACGAUAUUCUUCUGCAAACUGUCCACGGAUCAUCGAUAUUUGCUGUAUGAAAGUGAGACGCAGGUCCGAGACUCCAUCCUCGUCUGUAAAGUGGAUCGGGUCCAGGUCAUCACAGAACCAAGCAGCCCCGUCAUGGAGGAAGAAAAUACUAAUGUGAGGGGUCUGCUGUUAACAUAUGACUCAGAAAAUGGGCAAACAUUUGUCAAAAUGGUUAUCCCAUCAUCGACCCAUAAGCAGGGAUUGAACUGGAUAAGUGCUAUGCAAAGGGCAUUCCGACUUCUGUAUGAGAAUCGCAAUCAGGACCAAUGAAACUGAUCCAGCUUCUGCCACUCCGUCUGUGACCCUCCCUCCUGUCAUCACUCGUCAUGUUCCCUUCAUCUGCAAGAAACAACUGAUAAAAUCUCCCUCAAAUUCCAUUUGAAUCAUCUGAAAUAAAUGAAGAGCACAAGCAGUUAUUUACUCCUAGAUACACGAUGACUGAAGCCUCUAUGUGUUCACUAAAUGUGCUGGAAAUAACAACCGCGACCAACAUCUUUUUUAAA